AUGGUUGAAAUCAUCAAAACUGGGUACGUUCUCCUCCUGGGUAUACUGGUGUUGUUGUCCUGCAACUUGGUCAGGUCAAAAUCUUAUGAGUAAGUUCUUUCAGUCUCAUUACCAAAAGCUAGUUAGGUAACAGUUAGAUCAGAUUGCGAAGUAAAAAUAUAUUAGAACUGUUUUAUAAAGCAUACAACGAAAUCUGUUCAGAUUGAUCGGUUUCAAAGUAUCUUGAGAGGGUAGAAAACAGAUGUAACAGAAAACUCAUUAGCGUAUAGAGGGAAUGAAAGUAGUUAAGCCACGAAGAUCGCUCUCAUUUUUAUUUUAUUAAUCAGCAGUACACAUAUAUGAUUUCAAAUAUUCACAGUCAUUAAGUUAUCACUCCACGGGUUUAUGGCGAAUCAACAUAAUGCCUAGCUCCUAGUUAGCUUGUUAUUAUCGGUAUCGCAGACGAAAUGGGUUCAAAUCUUAUACAGGCUUAAACUUUCUUCAGGCCCUAUUUUCAGUACUGGUUAUAUUAGUAGUUUUCAUUGCCACGAAGGUCGCUUUUAUAUCCAUCAGCAAUUGACAAGUGUGAUCUUUAUAUAUUCACAGUCAUAUAAACUAUUGAUUUAAGAAUAAGCAUAUUUUUUCAUUGUAAGCUGUUAGUAUGGUAGUGUUCUAGGGUCAAUGCCCUCCUUUCAUGACUAUUAUCACAAUUUCAUUAAUAUCAUAAUCCACCACUAAAACCGUCUUUGGAUAUGGCAUAUUUAUUCGUUCUCUCCUCCAGAGCAGGCUUUUGAUUAAAUGAUCGUAAUUCCAGGUGCUUUGAGGGAAAUUGUGCCAUGACAGGCUCUUGCCGGUCGGCUCCUGGGGCUGGUUUUAGCCCUUACUGCUGGAUAGCAUCCGACUCGUGGGGGCAUAAGCUAAAGUGUGGGACUAAAAGUGAUUGCAGAGACGCUGCUCUUAAUUGGGGAAAUUGUGUCUUCGCCUCGUGUGCUUUUGAUCGCGGUAGCGGAAGAUCCUGUGACCGGAUGAACAGGGAGAAACGUGGAGAGCUGAAGAAAGAAUGUGGUGGCAAAGGUUUCAGUUUUGACUCUUGGGCCAACAGGUACGAAAAAGCUCGUAAACUGUACGACAAGUUUAGCUCCUGCGUCGGUGGUGUCAUUGAGGAACAAACCAAAAAGGUUAUAAAAUACUGUCACUGCCUCAACUCCUGUGGAAAAGAUCAGACUGAAGAUGGCACCUGUACAGUCCAAGGUUUGGAUAGGAGAUUGGAUAUGGAGUUGGACGUCAAAUCACCCUACACAGCGAUGUAAGGCUCUUUUCAUCUUUUUUAUUAGUAGUUUUACAAAACUGUAUUCUUUAAUUUUCCCUCAGUGGCUGUUCUAUUAUUCUGGUAACGUUUGGGGUUCCGUAAGCAUGAUGUAAAUCAUUGCAUUAGUCACCAAUCCCUAAGAGAUAGGGCCAUAAACAUUUAACUUUUAAUCAUUUAACUCAUCUUUCUUUUUUUUCCUAAAAAAUAAAGAUGCGCCAUAGAUUGUUAACCAGAGGAAAAGGUAUGCUAAAGUGUCUACUGAGUCAGUUAUUAUGGUCUGUCUUCUUUGCUCAGAGGCAUAAGUGGUCUUUGAAAAAGCAGAUAAACAACCAGAAAGAGCAGCUUCUUCAUACUUCUCCUUAAAGUCAAUUAUUUGUUUCCUUUUUGAUUUGCAUGAUUCUCCGCCUAGUUGGUUUGCCCCUGGCUAAUCAUUAGUUUUAAGGUCAAGUAAUUUCUUUCUGAUAGGAUUGGAGUAAGACAAUUUGCCUCAUUAUCUACUAGCAUGAUAGAAAAACAUUCAAACUCGGAACUGCCUAGAUCUGGCCGACACUCAAGGUGGGUCUGCGCGUCUGCUGCGAUCACCAAUCUCUCCCACACGGUUUUCUUUGAAGAAAAAACUAAGUGUUAGGAAAAAGUGCACAAAUAAACGGGAUUUUGUCCUCUUUCUGAUCCUUCUCUGCGUCAUUUAGUUUGCCUUAUAAUCAUCUGAUAUGGUAAUUAUGGGAGCAAAAAGUAGAGGCUACACAAGGGAGAAGCACCAAGGCUAAGUAAUGCAAAUCAAUGUAUGAACAUUUUUUCCACAGCUUGUCUUCUUGCAAAAAGUGAUAAACAGGCAUCCCACUGAAAAAGCUACUAAAACGAUCAGCAUAACUAAAGGAAUGACUUCUUCCAAGUCUACGUCCAGUGGUGGAAGUUCAAGUGCAACUGUGUCAGGGGAAGUCGGAUUUAAAGUAAUGAAACUUUUUGACGUAAAGAUCGGCGCAUCAGGAACAUUGAAGCAUAACUGGAGUUUGUCUACUACUAAGACGGAAUUUCAGAAAGUGACCAGUAAAAUAUCCAUCGGUGUUAAGCCAGAAGACGAAGUAUCAGUGUUUCAGGUUGUUGGCGAAUGUAAAAACAGUGAUGGCACUGUUUACACUGUGAAAACACCCACUUAUGUUAUCAAAGGCAAAGACGGUUCAUCCGAAACCAAGAAGGCAGAUUUCUCUGAGGCCGAAAAUAACUUGUCGUAG